AUGCUCAUUUCUUCGAUUCGCACUACAUUGGUUCUAAUAAGCAACAUAGCGUUCCUCGUUCUGGCUGGAUUCGAUGCGUCGACAUGCGGGAAUGCGAAAGGCUGUUACAUUCCAGAACCAGGAUUGGCAUUUUCCUACCAUGUCGUUCCCGACUCCUACAUAGACGUUGAAUUGAGUGCAGAUGUGAAAAAAUCCAAUCAUUUUGUUGCGGUCACUUUUGAUUCGGGAUUGGAGAAUAUGCCAAACAUCGUAUGCUCAUCUAUCGACGAUCUUCUUCCUACAAUUGCCGUACGACGAAAUGAAGAAGAGUUCAGCGAAUCCGACUCUUCGGAACAAUUCGUAACGAAUGCGACCACUUCAUUCCAAAAUGGGACCUUAUACUGUCGUGCAAGGCUACUAAUCAAUGGAAAAAAUGAUUCCAGUUUGCUCACGUACCAACCGUCUUCGCAGUACACAAUCACGAUCACUGAGGGACCGAUUGGAAGAGAAGGACAUGUGGUGAGCAAAAGUUUCACGUCAGCUCCUCUCACUCUGGAUGCACCAAUUGUAAGUCCGCUAAAGUAUCAAUAUUCGCUGGAUGUGGGAACUCGACGAAAACUUGUUAAAGCUCAUGCUAUUCUCAUGGUGUUGGCGUGGUUUUUCUUCAUUCCUACUGCGUUCGUUUUCGCUCGAUUCCUUAAAGAUACGUGGUCAGGUGUGAAGUUUUGCGGAGUCUCAAUUUGGUAUCAGGUCCAUCGAGUAAGUAACUUCAUCGGAAUCAUUCUUAUGAUUGCAUCUUUCGUUUGUAUUCUGACCUGCAAGGAUUGGCGAUGGACCGGUCCAGGAUCCUCUUCUCAAUAUCACACUCAAACACAUACUAUGACAGGACUUCUAGCGCUAAUAUUCGCUUGGUUACAGCCGAUUGGCAGUCUCUUCAGAUGCCCUCCAAGACAUCAUCUUCGACCACUUUUCAACUGGGGUCAUCGUCUUUGCGGAGUUGUAGCUUUUGCUUUAGCAACAUCCGCUACGGCAAUCACAGCGCUCGAAUUUAAAAUUUGGCAAGAACGAGAAUUACAGAUGGUUUUGGUGCUUGCACCCUCCGUCAUACUUAUCGUUCUUAUUUUACUAUUCAUCCUUAUGGAUAACGUGGAAGAUGCAGAGAAGGAGGACAACGAUUCGGUACCUCUUAACCAAAAAAUGUGUCCUAAUGAAAAGCUCCAAAACGUCCGAGUAUCAUUGGUUUUCUUCGCUCUUGGUCUGCUAAUGACUGUAUCAAUCUGGAUGACAGUGCUGCUGGCUAACGGUUACAAAAAUGCGAAUUAA